AUGCACCCCGAUCUUAAUCUAGAUAACAUCUUCGUCGAUCCAAAGACCCUCCAAAUUACAUGUAUCGUGGAUUGGCAAUCAGCGUGUGUUGCACCGUUGUUCUACCAUGCCGAUGUCCCAAGGAUGUGUGCCCACCGUGGGCCUCUUCAAGAAGGCUGGGUCGUGCCCGAAAGACCGAAAGACUUUGGCAGCCUAAGUGCAGAAGAACAACGCAAGAUCGAUGACGAUCUAGAGAGUCAGAUCCUUCACAAGUACUACCUAGCCAAGGUGUAUAGACUAUCGCCUCGUUACUGGUCUGUCCUUCAAAAUAAAAAGAUCCCCAUCAUCCGGAAACCAGUUUGGCUGGUCACGGGAGUGUGGGAAAAUUGCGAUCUUUUUUUUGUUCGCGAGUCACUCACGUCGCUCUUCGCUCAGUGGGAAAAACUCGUCCCGGCUGUACCAUGUCCGAUCAGUUUCACCAAUCAGGAUGUCGAGCUUCAUUCCAAGGAAGAGGAGAAUAUAAAUGGUGUCGGGAAGUUACUGAAAAUAUUUCGAGAUGGAUCUGUGCUUCCGGUGGAUGGCAUGGUACUGCCCAAAGACUACGAUACAGCCCAGAAGAAUAGCCGGAAAUUCAAAGACAUCUUCAUCGGAUUGGCUAAAGAUGACGAAGAGAAAGAGUUGUUCACGAAACUCUGGUCAUACCAGGAACCUGCAGACACUGAGCGUUUGUAA